AUGUAAACUUUGUCUUUGACGUGACCCACAUCAGUGGUGGCCAUCUAACCAAGAACACCACUCUUCCCAUUAGUCCUCGGCUUUCAAGCCCUGUCAGUAUGCCCCCUCAGCUUCCUGGGCAGCUCUUUUGCUUCCCCCCAAUAUCCUUCAUAUGCUGCAAGAAGCUCCGUUUUAUGUCAAUUCAAUGAAAACAACAGCAAUCAUAAUAUGUCUCAAAUCCUUUUUAUUUCUCUCCAUUUCCUUCCUACCACAAGUUCUGGUUCUUCUUCCUCUUUGUCCUUUGUCUCUCAAUUUGUCUGAAUGACUAACCUUUUCUCAUCAAGAAAAAUGUUCCUCCUUCUGCAUUCAGCUCAUCAUUUCUUUAGUGGAUUCAAUCUCUGUAUGGUUGACAGGGCAAAAGACACGCUGCCCCGCCCCUGGGUCAUGAUUUACUCAUCUACCCUCAAUGGCAGGCACCUAUGUGUCCUACGAAGAAUACAGCAUGGUCCUUGUCGUGUCCAAGUCACACCUGCACUGUUUCAGAGAUAAAAACAAGUGUGUAGAAUACGAGUCUACAGUAAACAGACUGAGCAGUAACAUAGUAAAGAGACUUUAGAUGUUCUGCACAGCCUGUAUUAAGUAGGCUUUGAAGAGCCAGGCUUGGAACCCACCGGCUUUGACUAACUAUUUCUAUGGAAACAGACAUUCUAAGUUCCAAACAGCACAUACACACAUGGACUUGUUACCUUGAGGCUCAAUGGGGCCAUCAGCUGGCACUGAGGCUGGGAGGCAGCCCCCAUUCUGGCCACUGGCUUUGCCUUUCUGAGAAUUGAAUGAGUUUCAUAUCAAGGUGUUGAGGGGCCGGCCAGCCAUUCGCCCAAACCAGCACCAAUUGAUCCACCAACUGUUUUCUGCCAAAGUGGCUUUCCUGAGUGUGUACCAUGCUGAUAACUGUGUACUGUGUGCGUAGGGACCUCACAGAGGUAACCUUUUCCCUCCAGGUCAGCCCUGACUUUGAGCUCUGCAACUUCAGAGUCCUCUGUGAACUUGAGUCUGGUGUGCCUGCUGAGGAGAUUCAGUUCAUCUACAUGGAGCAGCUCCUUACAGAUGAUCACUGUUCUCUGGGCACCUAUGGCUUCAAAGAUGGUGAUAUGGUUGUACUACUUCAGAAGGAAAAUGUGGGACUUCGGGCUCCAGGAAGGACCCCAAACCAGCCACGAGCAGAUUUCAAUGGGUCAGCCAUACCGGGAACAUCAAGUUCCCGACACCAGCAUCAGCAUCAGCAUCAUCAGCAUCAUCAGCAUCAUCACCAUCAGCAACGUAUACCAUCAGCACAAGCCCACGGACUGGCCUCUGGAGAGAAUAUGGCCUAUGCGCAGAAUCUGGACAGCCCUGCUCUGAUUCGCAGCAUGUUGCUUUCCAACCCCCAUGACUUGUCCCUGUUGAAGGAACGGAACCCCGCCUUGGCGGAAGCUCUGCUUAGUGGAAACCUUGAGACAUUUUCUCAGGUCCUGAUGGAGCAGCAGAGGGAAAGGGCCUUGAGAGAACAAGAGAUGUUUCGUCUUUAUUCUGCUGACCCAUUUGAUCAGGAAGCUCAGGCUAGAAUAGAAGAAGAAAUCAGACAGCAGAAUAUUGAAGAAAAUAUGAACAUAGCUAUGGAAGAGGCUCCGGAGAGUUUUGGACAAGUGGCUAUGCUCUAUAUUAACUGCAAAGUGAACGGGCAUCCUUUAAAGGCUUUUGUCGACUCCGGUGCCCAGAUGACUAUCAUGAGCCAAGCUUGUGCUGAGAGAUGUAACAUCAUGAGACUGGUGGACCGGCGAUGGGCUGGGGUUGCUAAGGGAGUGGGCACACAGAGGAUUGUGGGCCGAGUUCAUCUGGCCCAGAUUCAGAUUGAAGGUGAUUUCUUACAGUGCUCUUUCUCCAUACUGGAGGAGCAGCCCAUGGAUAUCCUUCUAGGGCUUGAUAUGCUCAGGAGGCAUCAGUGUUCCAUUGAUCUGAAGAAAGAUGUGCUGGUGAUCGGAACCACCGGCACACAGACACACUUCCUUCCUGAAGGAGAGUUGCCCUUGUGUGCCAGGCUGGUGAGUGCAACGGUGCAAGAGGAGUCAGCAGACAAGGAAGUGGCAGGCAAUAUCAAACACCCAGUCAAGGUUCCAGCUCGAAAAAAGCAUUGAAGCAGGUUAUAUAAAGGCCACGGCACAAGGGAGCAAGCUGUAGGUUCCAGGAAAGUAUAAGACAUGAGCUCACUGGCAAUGUCAUCAUUAAAAACGUCUUAGCAACCAGCCUUGGCCUUGUGACUGAGUUCACAGAUAGGUGACUAUGUAAGUCAUCACUGAUUCAUCAGAGUGUGUGUGUCGGGGAGGUCCAUUCCUUCAUCCCAGAUCACUGAACCUCAUCCAGGGGAAGGGCUGGAGCUUCAAGUUGGUUUCCCAACAGUCUAGUAGAGGGAAAACACGUCUCCCCUAUCAGAUUACAGGGAGGGCAUGUCCAAACCAAGGGCUGUUUAUUUUGCAUAGGUUCCUAGAAAAAAGCCAUUCUUUCAGACUACAAAGACAUGUAAA